AUGUCCUCAGUGUCAUCUGAAUACACCAUCGGUGGGGUGAAGAUUCACUUUCCCUGUAAAGCUUAUCCAGCACAGCUUGCUAUGAUGAAUUCUAUUGUCAGAGGACUAAACAGUAGCCAACAUUGUUUGUUGGAGAGUCCCACAGGAAGUGGAAAAAGUUUAGCCUUACUUUGUUCUGCAUUAGCAUGGCAACAAUCUCUUAGUGGGAAGCCCGUGAAUGAGGGCCUGAAUAAAAAGCCUGAGACGCCAUCUUCAUGUUGUUGUGCAUGCCAUUCAAAGAAUUUUACCUACAGUGACACAAACUUGGAUACUUCACCUCAUUUCAGUCCAAGUAAACCAUCUUCUGAAGGAAAUGGAGUCUCAUCACCCUGUCGAGACUCUCCUGGAAAAAAUACUCUGGCUGCAAAGUUAUCUGCCAGGAAACAGGCAUCCGUACACAGAGAUGAAGAUGAUGACUUUCAGGUAGAGAAGAAACGAAUCCGACCCUUAGAAACUGCACAGCAGAUCAGAAAACGUCAUUGUUUAGAAAAGGACGUCCACCAUUUAGAUGCACGACUAGCUUCGGAAAAGAGAGUAAAGCCUGAGUCUCCUGUAAGAAAGACAAGCUCUUCUUUCCAAAAUCCUGAUGGCCUUUGUUCCAGGUGCCAUUGUUCUACUAAACAAGGAGACAACGAAGAGUCUGCAAACACUGUUAAGAAAGAUCACGGGGGACAAUCCAAGAGACCUAAAAUUUAUUUUGGGACACGAACACACAAGCAGAUUGCUCAGAUUACUAGAGAGCUCCGUAAGACAGCUUACUCAGGGGUCCCGAUGACUAUUCUUUCCAGCAGGGAUCAUACCUGUGUUCAUCCUGAAGUAGUGGGAAACUUCAACAGAAAUGAAAAGUGCAUGGAAUUGCUGGAUGGAAAACAUGGGAAGUCCUGCUAUUUCUAUCAUGGUGUUCAUAAAAUUAGUAAUCAGCAGACGUUGCAGUAUUUUCCGGGGAUGUCCAAAGCCUGGGACAUAGAAGAACUUGUCAGCCUUGGGAGGAAACUGAAAGCUUGUCCUUACUAUACAGCUCGAGAACUGAUAGAUGAUGCUGACAUAAUUUUUUGUCCCUAUAACUACCUCUUAGACCCACAAAUAAGGGAAAGUAUGGAUAUAAAGCUAAAAGAACAAGUUGUCAUUUUAGAUGAAGCUCAUAACAUUGAAGAGUGUGCUCGGGAAUCAGCAAGCUACAGUGUAACAGAAGUUCAGCUAAGGUUUGCUCGGGAUGAGCUAGAUAGUUUGAUCAACAGUAAUAUAAGGAAGAAAAACCAUGAGCCCCUACGAGAUGUGUGCUAUAACCUCAUCAAUUGGUUAGAAACAAAUUCUGAGCAUCUUGUAGAAAGGAGUUAUGAAUCGUCUUGUAAAAUAUGGAGUGGAAAUGAGAUGCUCUUAAACUUAUACAGAAUGGGUAUCACUGCUGCUACUUUUUCUGGUUUGCAGAGACAUCUCAUAGCUGUUCUUCAAAAAGAAGAAAAAGCCACAUCAAUCUAUGGUAAAGAGGAGUCAAUACAAAUACCUAUUAUUAGUGCGUCAACUCAAAUCAUGCUUAAAGGUCUUUUUAUGGUGCUUGACUAUCUCUUUAGAGAGAAUAGCAGAUUUGCAGAUGAUUAUAAAGUUGCUAUUCAACAGACUUACUCCUGGACAAAUCAGAUUGCUAUUUUUGAUAAAAGUGCUGUCUUGGCUGUACCAAAAAAUAAGAAACAUUCACGACAGAAAAUUGGAGUUAAUGUGCUUAACUUUUGGUGCUUAAAUCCAGCUGUGGCCUUUUCAGAUAUUAAUGACAAAGUACGGACCAUUGUUCUAACAUCAGGAACGCUGUCACCCCUGAAAUCCUUUUCAUCUGAGCUUGGUGUCACAUUUAACAUUCAACUGGAGGCUAAUCAUGUCAUCAGUAACUCCCAGGUUUGGGUUGGUACUGUUGGCUCAGGCCCUAAGGGUCGGAAUCUCUGCGCUACCUUCCAGCACACUGAAACAUUUGAGUUCCAGGACGAAGUGGGAAUGCUUCUGUUAUCUGUGUGCCAGACUGUGAGCCAAGGAAUUCUGUGCUUUUUGCCAUCUUACAAGCUAUUAGAGAAAUUAAAAGAACGUUGGAUUUUUACUGGCUUAUGGCAUAGUUUAGAGUCAGUGAAGACAGUCAUCGCAGAACCCCAAGGAGGAGAGAAAACUGAUUUUGAUGAGUUGCUGCAGGUGUACUAUGAUGCCAUCAAGUUCAAAGGAGAGAAGGAUGGAGCCCUUCUCAUAGCAGUUUGCCGUGGCAAGGUGAGCGAGGGUCUGGAUUUCUCAGAUGAUAAUGCCCGUGCUGUCAUAACCGUAGGGAUUCCUUUCCCAAAUGUGAAGGAUCUUCAGGUGGAACUAAAACGACAGUACAAUGACCACCACUCACAAUUGAAAGGUCUUCUGCCUGGCCGUCAGUGGUAUGAAAUCCAAGCAUACAGAGCCUUGAAUCAGGCUCUAGGCAGGUGUAUUCGACACAAAAAUGACUGGGGAGCUCUUAUUCUAGUGGAUGAUCGUUUCAAUAACAAUCCAAAGCGCUAUAUAUCGGGACUUUCUAAAUGGGUGAGGCAGCAGGUUCAGCACCACUCAACCUUUGCAAGUGCCUUGGAGUCCCUGACUGAGUUCUCUAGAAGACACCAGAAAGUUACUAAUAGAUCCAAAAAGGACGAAAAAUGUAUAAGAGACAAUGAGCCUACUCUGGAAGUGGCCUGUUUGGAGGAUAGCACUAUUCCAAGUGUGUCAGAAGCAAGUCAUCAGUCACCAGAAAACUCUACAGAAGAAACAAAAGUGUGUGUCCAGGAGCUGCAGUAUCCUCAGAUGGCUGCUAAAAACCCCUCAGUACCAAGUCAUGGCGUUUCCAGGAGGAAGAAAAGUGAUCCAGGACUAAGAGAAGAGUCUGUUCAGACAAUAAAAACAGAAAAAAAAGAGAUUUCCCGAUCUUCAAGCCCAAUUUUUGGAAAGCAAACAGAGCCAGUCAACUGGCCUAUCUUUAAUUCUUUGAGACGACAUUUCACUAGUAAAGUAAAAAAUUGCACACCUGGGCUUAAGUCAUCAAAGAACCAUGCCUCUGGUUCUUCCACCUUCAAUAAAACUGCUUUGCCACUCACAAGUAAAUGUGUGUCUUCAAAUGAAACAGCAAACACAUCAUUGGCACCUUGCCCUCAGUCAGAAGUCAUCAUUUCAUCAGUGAAGGUUGACACUACUCCUGCUGAGAACCAUUCCAAACAGAUGUUCUUCUCUGGGAAAGACCCACACCCAGAUACUGAAUUGUCUCUGGAUACUGAAGAAACCAACUGCUCCAGCUCAAGUAAAGCUGAUGAAACAGAAGUGGAUGGCGACUCUGUGUGUUUCUCACCUGAACUUUUUGAUCCUGUCGAUACGGACGAAGAAAACACUGAGCUAGUUGAAACUAAUGGAUCCCGUAAUAAUUCAGAUUGUUCUUCAGCUGAAGAGCCUUUUGAAACUGGAUUUGGGCAGAAGUGAAAGUCGAAGGUUGCAUGGACACAUAGUUGAAUGGAGUCACACCAGUGGAAGAGAGCAGAGCUGACAACUUGUAUA